AUGUUUCCUUUACUAUCAGCCUUCUUUCUCCUUCUCUUUCUCCUUCUCUCAGCUUCAGCUUCUGAUUUUGACCCGUUGCAGGACUUUUGCAUCCCGAGGCACGAAUUCUCGUCCCUUGAUUAUGUGUCUUGCAAGAACUCAUCUCUUGUCACGGUCGAUGACUUUGUGUUCUCGGGCAUCAAAGUCCCGAAGGACACGGGCAAAACGGGAUUCUCGUCCAUUCCGGUCUCGGCAAGUGUUUUUCCUGGCCUCAACACAUUAGGCAUGUCUUUUGUCCGCGCGGAUUUCGAUUCUGGGGGCAUAAACGUCCCGCAUUACCAUCUGCGGGCAACCGAGCUCGGUUUUGUUCUCGAAGGGAAGAUUUAUUCCGGGUUUGUCGACUCGCAAAAUCGAGUCUUUGCGAAGGUUCUCGAAAAAGGGGACGUGAUGGUUUUCCCGAAAGGAUUGUUGCAUUUUCAGAUGAACGUGGGGGAGUCGCGCGCGACGAUUUUCGGGAGUUUCAACAGCCAAAACCCGGGCUUGGUGAAGAUCCCAUCGGCAGUGUUCGGGUCGGAGAUUAAGGAUGAGAUCUUGAAGAAGGGGUUUGGGUUGGAUUCUAAGGAGUUAGCUAAGUUGAGGAAGAAGUUUGAUCCUAGGAGUUGA